CGUGUACACCACCGCGGUCGAAGACAGUGAAUGACAAGUGAUGGCUGUUGUAAGUGACUGAUUUAUGAAGUUGUUAAAGACAACACUUUAAAAAACAUGGCUUGAAAUAAUAUUUUUUGCUCGGAGUUAUUAGCAUUUUCUCGAGAGAGAAAAUGUGCUUUUUGAAGAUUCAAAACCAAACGACAGGGUGCUUUGUGGAAAGCUCCGCCAGGGAGGAUUAUCAGAACACCUGACCAUUUUUCGCUGCGGAAAGAAGAUGAAAAGCGUGAUUGGAAAGGCGAUAGAGCGAAGCGCGAUGCAGCGCUUUAGCCACAGUGGCAUGGCGCUUUUACCGUGGACCAGACAGAUCCUGACAGUACUGUGGGAAAACGUCCGCUUAAUGCUUCAAGUCAUCUGCUGCAGCUUAAUGGCAGUUUUCCAGAUGUUCAGGUUUGAACUUCACCUGCGCAUCACAGAUGACACAGGAGAACAUAUUCAGCACAUGACGAAUGCCCAUGGUGAUACCGAAGGUUUUCUCCUGUCAUCACUGUUUGAAAGUAACAAGAAUGUUGUAGUGGCAGGUCCAAAUCCGCUGUCAAGGUUUAACAAGGAUCCUUUCAACCUAAAUUCACAUUCCAGGUCUGUUCUGUCCAGUCUUGUGAAUGACGAUCUCUGCUGCUCAUUGGUGGACAAUUUAGUAUCGUGUGCAACUGAGUGUCUCAAUGAAAAUGAAGAUGUAUGUGUAGGAGAGCAGUUUGGCUGGAAGCACAGGUUUGACUGGAAUUUUCAUACAGGUUUAGAGGGUAGAGUAGAUGAAGAAUGUCUACCAACUCUUUAUGGAAAUGAGGUUCAGAAACAGAGUGAUUGUUGUACAGGAGUGGAAUGUAAUUGGUCAAGGUUAAGUUUCAAAAGUCAAAGUUCAGAUAGCGAGUUCAGCUGGGGUAGCUCAGAUAGUUCUUCCAUAGAUAGAGAGCGAGAGGACAGUGAUGGGCUCUGGGAUCUUCUUAGGUGUUCCAACGAUCCAUACCACCCACUGCACUUCACAGCAUGUAUGUCCAGUGCAGUUGCUAAUAGACAGAGAACACAACCAGGAUCAAGUCUGCAAAGAAAUGAGUUCACAUCAACACCAUCUAGUGUGUUCUGUUUCUCAGAUUCUAGUGAGCAAGGAAACACUGAGACUGUCAACUCGGAAGAUGAAGAAGAGGCAUUGUGGAAGUCUCUGUCUUGGGAUGAUGACCCUUACCACCCAUUGAAUUUUAGAGCUCCUCUCAGCAGUGCACACGCAUUUACAGACUCCCAUGAGAAAGGCCCUAAAACAUCCAGAGACUCCACAAGCACUAGAUGUCCCAAGCCAAUUUUGAUGCAAAGGCAAGUUUUCAGUCACCGGUGUCCUCAGAUGUGUGUGGAGAAGCCAGCUAAAGUGCCCUGGAAAAGGCCCAUAAAUAAGACUGUUGAUGCCAGCAUGACAAAGAAAAUUUCUACUGUGAAAAGGGUGAAAUUCUCUCCAGUUGUACAAAUUCACAAGAUGAGAGCUUGGUCAUUUGCUCUUCAAGCAUGCCGUAAGGGGCCAUGGGAGGAGCACGCUCGGGAUAGGGACCGUUUCCAGAGGAGAAUUUUGGAAACAGAGCAGGCCAUCGGAUAUUGUUUCAUGAGGUCACACAGAGAUAAGUUUUUUAUCUAUCACCAAAGUACACUAACCAAAUAAGCAUAUUCUAGGAAGACUUUGUAAUCUUAACUGAAACCCUUAACAACUCUGUUGUGUUGCGCACACAUUUUUCAGGCUCACGUCUGUUAACAAAUCUAAAUAUUUUCUUUACAGUGCCUUCUAGACUAGUAACAAAUGGAAGUAACAGUGUGACAGCUGUUUUACCAUAAAUGUAGCUGGCAUACAGUCAGGUCCAUAAAUAUUUGGACAGUAACACAAUUAUUGUAAUUUUGCCUCUGUACACCACAAUGUAUGUGAAAUUAAUCAAUCAAGAUUUAAUUGAAGUGUAGACUUUCAGCUUUAAUUCAAGAGGUUUAACAAAAAUAAAUGGAAUCCCUCCAUUUUCACAGGCUCACAAGUAAUUGGACAAACUAACAAACAUAAAUAUUACGAUUAUUUUUAAUUCUUGGAUGCAAAUCCUUUGCAGUAAGGGACUGUCUGAUAUCUGGAACCCAUGGACAUCACCAAAUGGUGAGUUUUCUCCCUUGAGAUGCUUUUCCAGGCCUUUACUGCAGUUGCCUUCAGUAGCUGCAUGUUUGUGGAUCUUUCUGUAAGUUUUGUCUUCAGUAAGUGAAAAGCAUGCUCACUUGGGUUGAGGUCAGGUGAAUGACCCAGCCAUUUAUGAACAUUCCAUUUAUUUGCCUUAAGAAGCUCUUUGGUUGCUUUUGCAGUACAUUUUGCAUCAUUAUCCAUCUGUGAACUGUCAUCCAAUCAGUUUUGCGGCAUUUGAAUGAAUCUGAGCAGAAAGUAUAGUUCUAUACAUUUCAGAAUUCAGCAGUCACAUCAUCAGUAGACACCAAUGACCCAGUUCCAUUGACAGCCAUACAUGCCCAUGCCAUAACAGUUCCUCCACUAUGUUUGACAGAUGAUGUGGUAUGCCUUGGAACACAAGCCCUUCCUUUCCUUCUCCACUCUUCUCUUCCCAUAAUUCUGGUACAAGUUAAUCUUGUGUCAGAACUGUAUUUACAUGUAUGAAGGCAUCUCUUGAUUGUAGAUUUUUUAUAUGAUACAGACAAUGAUACACAUACCUCCUCCAGAGUGUUCUUGACUUGGCUAGAUGUUGUGAAGGGGUUUUUCUUCAACAAGGAAAGAAUACUGUGAUCAUCCACUUUAGUUGUCUUCUGUGGCCUUCCUGGCCUUUUUGUGUUGCUGAGCUCACGAGUGCAUUGCUUGUUUUUUUAAGAAUGUACCAAAUUGUUGAUUUGGCCACUCCUAAAGUACAUUUGCAUAGACACCUCUUUGGACAGCAUAUUGAGGGUUCCCAUGAACGUCUACCAAAUGCAAAUUCAAUGCUUGGAAUCAACUCCAGACCUUUUAUCUCCUUAAUUUGUCAUAAAAUAAUGAGGAAACAGGCCACACCUGGCCAUGAAACUGCUUAUCAGUCAAUUGUCCAAUUACUUUUGAGAAAAAUAUCUGUCAUUCCUAAAUGGUUAAUGCAAUAUUUUUUUAAACACCUUGAAUUAAAGCUGGAAGUCUACACUUCAAUCACAUCCAUUGUGGUGGUAUACAGAGGCAAAAUUACAAAACUUUGUCACUGUCCAAAUACUAAUAGACCUGACUGUGUAUGGUAUGCGGCUGUUGUUUUUAACUGAUGAGGAUACAAAAUGUUUUGCUGCUACACUCUAUAUUUUUUUGGCUAAUUUGAGAAACUUCCUUUCUUUUAAAUGUGUAUUCAUAUGGUUUCUUGUUUUUGUCAGAGAGUUUAGUAAUCCUGUAAGAAGAGUGUGUGUAAGAGAGGGGUUAAAAACAAUGCAUGAUGAAAUUCCCCUGAGAAGAAAUCAAUUAGCGUCUCCCCUUGACACAUCAGUGGAAGCACAAAUUGCAUGGUGCAAAGCAGAGCAAUAAUGUAGGCAAUCUUUAACAUACAUUAGCACAGCAGAUCUUUUUCUUUGUGUAAGAGUUGUAAGUUCUCCCUGUUGCACACUUUUUUUUUUAGCAAGCAAGCUUUAUGUGGGUGGGGGGGUUAGGGAAUCAGUUUUCCCAUUGCUUACCUGGCUAUAACACAGUCUGUCAUUGUUGUUUAAUUGUACCUCACACCGCUAGAGAUCCAGUUACGUGUGUGUGUAUGUAUACUACUGAGUCUCACUCCAUCUCUACUGAUGCUGUAGUGUAUCUGGUUGUCAGGCAACCAACAGAGCUGUGCUUGGUAGCUCUCAAAGUAUUACAGGAGAUUGCAGUGGGAACAGUGCAUUGUGGGAGAUUAGCCAGCAUGGUCAUUAUAGAGAGUGGUGAAGCUAAGAAGGUGGGAGUGGAUGUGGCUGGAUCUCUGGAGUCUCAAUUACACUGUUUAGACUGUCUGAUGCAAUCAGCAGCCUCUGUGAGUUAAACACAAAAGGUAGCUUAGGCAAACUCAAACAGUCCCACAGGGUCUCUUUUCUUUUCUUUUGGUGAAAGGUUCAACACUCCUGUUAUGCUUAAAGUAAGCUCAAAUUUAUAGCAAAUGUUAAGUUUGUUGUCUUUAACAUUUUUAAUUAUUGCAUUUUGUUAUUUCUGUAAAAGUUUGUUCAAAAUCAGAUAAAAAAUUUCAGCAUAUUAUGUCUAUGAAGGGUUGGGCUGUAACAGUGGCAGCUUUUUACCACUGCAGUGGUUAAUGACCAAAACACUGUGGUGAGCGGUGGUGGUGGUGGGGGUUGGGGUGGGGGUGGUCGGUGUUAGUGAAAUGUAUAUCACAAUAUAAUAUUGAAUAAUAUAAUAAUAAUAAUAAUAAUAAUAAUAAUAAUGUGUGUGUGUGUGUG